CAGAACGAGGGAGAAUAAAUUUUAGGGAGACCAGGGCCUAGCAAUGAAAGAGCCAUAGAAAUACAAAAGGGUGGGAAAGUUAUUAUAAGAAGGUCACAUCAUCCUGGCACUGCCAGUACCAGUGGGCCUCAAAGCCCAGUUUGGCACUUUCAUCCUCUAGUGGUUCAGGAGGUCCACCUUGGAGCCCCUCCCCUGGGGGCUUCCAUACAGCCCUCAAGCUCCCUAGCCUGCUGGCUGUCAGGUCCACCUCAGUCCUGGCCCUGUCCACACUGGGUAUACCCUUUGCCCAGUCCAUCUCAGGACGGGGAGCCCCAGGGGGUCCCUGUUCAUCCAGCUCGCUGGGGGCCACCGUGUCUAGGAAGCUGCCAACGGAGAGGCUGUCCAGCUGGUCAGUGGAGCUGGCGUCAGGCAGGCUGUCCCAGCUCCCUCUCCUUGAGUGGCCUGGGCUCCCGCCCGUCAGGCUACAUUGGCUGCUGGUGAGGCUGCCGCAGUGGCUGGUCAGCGUCCCUCUCUCCUCCAACAGCCAGCGCACAGCCUCGAGGCCCUCAUUCAAGGUCAACAGCUGCUGCAGGAUCUUCACAUCGAUGGCUCGCAGAUUCCUGAAGGCAUGGGUUGGCCAGGACAGUGGUGACUCCCCAAUCCGGCAUGGACGACUGGAAGCCCAGCUCCCUCAUCAAGCCCUUUGGGGCUCGUAAGAAGCGGAGCUGGUAUCUUACCUGGAAGUAUAAACUCACCAACCAGCGGGCCCUGCGGAGAUUCUGUCAGACAGGGGCGGUGCUUUUCCUACUGGUGACCGUCAUUGUCAACAUCAAGUUGAUUCUGGACACGCGGCGAGCAAUCAGCGAGGCCAAUGGAGACCCGGAGCCAGAUCAAGACUAUGAGGAGGCCCUGGGCCGAUUAGAGCCCUCACGGCGCAGAGGCAGUGGUCCCCGACGGGUUCUGGAUGUGGAGGUGUACUCAAGUCGCAGCAAAGUAUAUGUGGCAGUGGAUGGCACUACGGUGCUGGAGGACGAGGCUCGGGAGCAAGGCCGCGGCAUCCACGUCAUCGUUCUCAACCAGGCUACGGGCCAUGUGAUGGCAAAGCGUGUGUUUGACACAUACUCACCUCAUGAGGAUGAGGCCAUGGUGCUGUUCCUUAACAUGGUGGCACCUGGCCGAGUGCUCAUCUGCACUGUCAAGGACGAGGGCUCCUUCCACCUCAAGGACACAGCCAAGGCUCUGCUGAGGAGCCUGGGCAGCCAGGCUGGCCCUGCGCUGGGCUGGAGGGACACUUGGGCCUUCGUGGGACGCAAAGGAGGUCCUGUCCUUGGGGAGAAACAUUCUAGGUCACCUGCCCUCUCCUCCUGGGGGGACCCAGUCCUGCUGAAGACAGAUGUGCCGCUGAGCUCAGCUGAAGAGGCGGAGUGCCACUGGGCAGACACCGAGCUGAACCGUCGCCGCCGGCGCUUCUGCAGCAAAGUGGAGGGCUAUGGGAGUGUGUGCAGCUGCAGGGACCCCACUCCCAUCGAGUUCAGCCCUGACCCACUCCCAGACAACAAGGUCCUCAACGUGCCUGUGGCUGUCAUUGCAGGGAACCGGCCCAAUUACUUGUAUAGGAUGCUGCGCUCUCUACUCUCAGCCCAGGGGGUGUCUCCUCAGAUGAUAACAGUUUUCAUCGAUGGCUACUACGAGGAGCCAAUGGAUGUGGUGGCACUCUUUGGUCUGAGGGGCAUCCAGCACACUCCCAUCAGCAUCAAGAACGCCCGUGUAUCUCAGCACUACAAAGCCAGCCUCACUGCCACUUUCAACCUGUUUCCGGAAGCCAGGUUUGCCGUGGUUCUGGAAGAGGACCUGGACAUUGCUGUGGAUUUUUUCAGUUUCCUGAGCCAGUCCAUCCACCUGCUGGAGGAGGAUGACAGCCUGUAUUGUAUCUCGGCCUGGAAUGACCAGGGAUAUGAACACACGGCUGAGGACCCGGCACUGUUGUACCGUGUGGAGACCAUGCCUGGGCUGGGCUGGGUGCUCAGGAAGUCCUUGUACAAGGAGGAGCUUGAGCCCAAGUGGCCCACACCAGAAAAGCUCUGGGACUGGGACAUGUGGAUGCGGAUGCCCGAACAACGCCGGGGCCGAGAGUGCAUCAUCCCUGAUGUUUCCCGAUCCUACCACUUCGGCAUUGUUGGCCUCAACAUGAACGGCUACUUCCACGAGGCCUACUUCAAGAAGCACAAGUUCAACACGGUGCCAGGUGUCCAGCUCAGGAAUGUGGACAGUCUGAAGAAGGAAGCUUAUGAAGUGGAAAUUCACAGGCUGCUCAGUGAGGCUGAGGUUCUGGACCACAGCAAGAACCCUUGUGAAGAUUCUUUCCUGCCAGAUACAGAGGGCCACACCUAUGUGGCCUUCAUCCGAAUGGAGAAAGAUGAUGACUUUACCACCUGGACCCAGCUUGCCAAGUGCCUCCAUAUCUGGGACCUGGAUGUGCGUGGCAACCACCGGGGCCUGUGGAGAUUGUUUCGAAAGAAGAAUCACUUCCUGGUGGGUGAAGAAGCCACCAUCAAUCACCCCAAUUUUCCUGGAGCCACCCCCAAAGGAAGAGGGAGCCCCAGGAGCCGCAGAACAGACAUGAGACCUCCUCCAGGACCCUGCAGGGCUGGGCCUGGCUCAGAAUCUAACCUAUUUAUUGACUGUCCUGAGGGCCUUGGGAACAGGCUGAAGCCUGGAGGGCCUUGAUUCCUUUCUCGGCUGGGGUGCUGCCCUGAGGGUGGGGCUGGCUCUUACUCAGGAACCUGCUGUGCCCUGUGCCCAACCCAUGGACAGGCCCACUAGGGCCCUCCUGCUGAUGCAGACUCACUCAGAGACCCUCGGACACGGAACCAGGCCUCUUCUCAGCCUCCCCUUUGUCCAGGUUUCCAAAGCUGGAUAAGGUGGUCAUUGAUUAAAAAAGGAGAAAACCUCUGGG